UGUGUUCUGCCACCCAGGAUGAGAGGGAUUCUUCUUCAGCCUGCAGAGAUGAGCCUCAUGGACAUCAGUAAGAUAUUCUCCCUGCUCCAACAGCCUGACGAGGAAGACAAUGCUAGUGAGAAACAGGAGCUGAAUCAAAUUGUCUGUAACAACGAUGCCAGGACCCUAGACAAGCUCCUUCACCAGGAGCGCUACAAGCGCUUUAUCAACAGCCGCAGUGGCUGGGGCGUGCCAAGUACCCCACUACGCCUAGCUGCCUCUCAUGGCCACCUUAGCUGCCUGGAAGUUCUUCUAGCUCACGGGGCAGAAGUGGACAGCCUGGAUGUUAAGGCCCAGACACCCCUGUUCACUGCGGUCAGUCAUGGGCACUUGGACUGUGUUCGGGUCUUGCUGGAGGCUGGUGCCAGCCCUGGGGGCAGCAUCUAUAACAACAGUUCCCCGGUUCUCACAGCUGCUAGAGAUGGUGCCAGUGGGAUUCUGAGGGAGCUCCUGGGUCACGGAGCUGAGGCCAAUGUCAAGGCUAGGUUGCCAGAGUGGGCUUCCAACAUCGCCUCCUGCUCCGGGCCUGUCUACUUGUCAGCUGUCUAUGGCCAUCUUGAAUGCUUCCGCCUCCUUCUGUUGUAUGGAGCUGACCCAGAUUACAACUGCACAGAUAGACAACUGCUUUCUCGUGUACCCAAGCCACGCACACUGCUAGAAUUUUGCCUGCAACAUAGCUGCCCCCUCAAGUAUAUCCAACUGCUUGUGGACUUUGGGGCCAAUGUCUACCUCCCACCUCUCCCACUGGAGAAGACAGACCGGGAUGGGGAAGGUGUGGCCCUACUGCUAAGGGAAAGAACUCAUCCCAAAUCCCUGAUGUCGCAGGCUCGUCUUGCAGUCCGAAAAGCUCUUCAGUGCUCUUACCCGGUCAACUUCAUCGAUCAGCUAGAUAUUCCACCUGUGUUGAUUAAUUACCUCAAGCACCAGUCCUAA